AUGGCCGAAGCACGAGAGAAUAGAGCAAGUUUGCUUUGGAAUUGCUCCACUGCUUUGGCACCCGAAACACAUACCCAUAAACUACUAAAAUCCUAUUAUAUGAAUAUGUGCCGGAGAUAUGUAAAGAAUACCAUACAAAUACCAAAAGAAAAAUUUGCCAGCACCCAAAUGUGUUCGCAUUGUGGUCUGUUUUGGAGUGAAAAUGAAUUCCGCAUGAAACUAAAAUCACAACAUGUAACUGUGAAGGGGAAAACAAAACGCCUUAUAGACAAAUUAAAUAAGUCCAAGGAACCCGGUCAAAAGACUUUGCUAACUGGCAAGCAAAGAAAACGUGCCAAAUGGUUGCAGAAGAGGGCCACCCAAUAUAUUGAAAUUAAAUGUGAUCAAUGUCAACAUAAAUCAAUAGUCAAAUUGGAUAAACCGAAAAAGAAAGAAAAGAAAGUGGCAGAUGUUGAGGAAGAUAAGAAACAGGAAAAUAUGGCAAUUGUCAUAGACAAUGAGCCAAAGGCAACGGCCAAAAAAAAGAAAAAGAAAAACAAAGAUAAAGGUGCUGGUUUGAAAAUACCUUUGGAGGCAAAACAAAAAGAGAAACAGCCGAAUGCCAACAAACAAAAAACACCCCAAAAUCCACAGACACCAACAAUAGCGAAACCAUCUCCAACAACGACAAUUGCACAAACUCCAAAAACAACAAUAACGACAACACAAUUGCAGACGCAAUCGAAUAAAACAAAGAAAAAGAAGAAAUCUUCAAAUGUAACCACCAACCCUGCAGCUAGUAAUAAUAACAGCAACAACAACAAGGUCCAGAAAGUGGUAUCAAAGACCCAACAACAAAACUCAUUAUUGCAAUUGGCAGCAUUGCUUAAACAAAACUCUUCUAACUCGGUCAAAUCGUCAACACAAAAUAGAUUGGAAUCGUUGCUAAAAUAG